AUGGGUUUGCCCUAUGCCGAAUCAUGGUGGGGUGAAAAUAGUACAAGAUUAUGUAGAGGAAGCUUCGAGCCACCGAAUCCUCGAUACCUAUCCGCAUACGGAUAUCCAUCUUGCGCUGUAGGGGUAUCGAUCAUCGAUCCAAUCGGUCAUUGGACCAGGGGAGGAUGUUACAACCUAUCUGAAUCGCCCAAUGCCAACACCUUCCAUUUGCAAAAAAAUAACGCGGACUUCUCGGUAUCAUGCAUGUGCUCUAUCCUGAACCCUACCGAUUUCGGGAUUUUGUACUGCUACUAUGGAGAACCGUAUUAUUAUUAUCAUACUCCGCAGCCUAGUUCUUUCGUCAAGAAAUCGAAGAAGGAAGGACAGAAAGUGUUGGAUGUCUGUCCAGAAGGAAGUAGAGCUUGUAAGGUGACCGAUGAAUACGGUUUGAGCUAUGAGUGCAUCGAUAUCGAUAAUGCUCUCGAAUCAUGCGGUGGAUGUGCACACGGUGAUUUCGAGGACAGCCGUUUAUACAAUCAUAAUGCAGGGAUUGACUGUACUUCACUUUCUGGAGUAUCUUUGUGUGUGGAGUGUCUUGUCACCGGGGAAUAUGCGAAGUAG